AUGCUCGGCCUCGAAGCGGUCGACCUCAACCUGACGAAACCUCCUCGAAAAGCAUCCUCGACGCUCGACCCGCGUUUCGAGCGUUGGCGUUCGUGGCCUACAUCGGGAAAGUGGCCGGCGCCGAUGCCGAGCAAUGCCCAACAUCCAAUGGGCCUAUCCAUGGCCGUUAAGGCCUUCGUUGUCGCCGGUAUCAAUACUACCGUCGCAAGGAAAGAAGGUCUAGCCGACGUCGUAAAAUUCGAGCGCGUCCCGCAGAUAGACGAAGGUAGCGGCGGUGGCGGAGAAGUCCUUUGGGAACCUGCAGAGCGGAUAUUCGCCGUUCCUGGCAGGUCGAGUCCGCGAUUCAUCCCAAGGGUUGACCCGCUGGUCACCGAGAUGCCCGAGAGACGUCGUGGGCGUCGUAUGUAG